CGAGCCCCGCGGCCACCGGGACAUGUACGGGGCGGUCCUGGUGCGGAGCGAGCUGCCCGACGCUCACCUGGGCGUCUUGUUCCUGCACAACGAAGGCUACAGCUCCAUGUGCGGCCACGCCGUGCUGGCGCUAGGCCGCUUCGCGCUGGACUUCGGACUGGUGCCCGCUCCCCCACAAGGCGUCCGGGAGGCCCAGGUCAACAUCCACUGCCCGUGCGGGCUGGUGGCCGCCUUCGUGGCGUGUGAAGGUGGCCGUAGUUGCGGUCCUGUGCGCUUCCACAGCGUCCCGGCCUUCGUCCUGGCCGCAGACCUCACGGUGGAUGUUCCUGGACAUGGAAAGGUGGUGAUGGACAUUGCAUAUGGUGGGGCAUUUUAUGCAUUUGUUAGUGCAGAAAAAUUAGGACUUGAUGUGUGUUCUGCAAAGACGAGGGACCUUGUGGAGGCAGCAAGCACAGUGACAGAAGCAGUGAAGGCUCAGUUUAAAAUCAGCCAUCCCGAGAGUGAAGACCUUGGUUUUCUGUAUGGAACGAUUUUAACAGAUGGAAAAGAUGCUUACAGCGAGGAGCCCACCACCAACAUCUGCGUGUUUGCAGAUGAACAGGUCGACAGGAGCCCCACCGGCUCGGGAGUGACAGCCCGGAUUGCUCUGCAGUAUCAUAAGGGCCUUCUGCAGCUGAAUCAGACCAGAGCCUUCAAAAGCAGUGCAACUGGCUCCGUGUUCACGGGGCGUGCUGUGAGGGAAGCAACAUGUGGGGAUUUUAAAGCUGUCAUAGUGGAAGUUGCAGGACAAGCCCAUUACACAGGGACAGCAAGCCUGACAGUGGAAGACGAUGACCCGUUGAGGGAUGGCUUUCUUCUCAAGUGACCUUUCCCAUAUGUUUUAAGGUUUUCUUUUUAAAGUAAUUACCAAUAAGUGAUGUUUUUUCUGUAUCAUAUUAAAACCAGCAUCCAGUUAUACAUAUUGGCUAAUUUUCUACACUUUCUAAAAUAGAACACUAUGACUAAAUGCAAGGCAUUAUACUUCCUACUUGCAAACCUUUUGAGCAUAAAAUAUCACUGAUGUGGCAUACAAAGUGCUAAAAAUUCAGAAACUUUUUAAUCAUCAGUAUACACAUGCAAAAUUAAAAACUAGUUACUUAAUCUAUGCUGUGGGCAUGGCAGUGCUUUGUUUUAAAGUGUCUUUGAAUGAUAGCGUCAUUUAUAGACCACACAAUAAUUACCUUUGAGCCUGUUAAAAUUAGUUCUUGAAAGCCAGGUGUGGGGACACAUGCCUGUAAUCCAAGCACAUGGUGGGUAGAGCCAAGAAGAUUGAUUCAGGAUUAAAAUAAAUUGGAUCAUUGUCAGUCAUCAUAAAUUGAAACAUUAACUGUGCUGUCCUCAGACAACUCAGCAGAUCUUUUGGGAGGCUGUGAUAGUACUUCAGUUCUGUGCACACCAGGACUGAAUUAACCCAUGAUAAGUGGCUCUGCGAUUUUUGGAGGUCUGGAACUUUAUUACCUAACCUACAGAAAAAUAUGAAGUGAAUAUUUUUUUAUUACCCCAAGCAGUUCAGCUUUUGUGUCGACACCAUCACUCACUUCAAAGGAGAAAGGGAAGGAGACACUGUCAUUAGCUCAGUGUGACUAAAUUUCCAUAGAGUAGGUGGCUUGCUGCAUUUAAAGAAAUAAAAGUAGAACCGCUAUUUUCUCUCCUAAUCUCAUGUCUCAUUAAUUAGAACAAAUAUGGUGUUUUAGAGUCACAUUUCUUGAUUGCCACUUAUACACGCUCUAUCUGAAAGCAGCGCUCUACGGUUAGUGUCCCAUGGCUGCCAAGGGUGCAGAUCUUUAUCUGUCACAGAGUUGGGAAUCAUCUGUCACAGAGUUGUUGCUAAUGACAUGCAGAUGACUAAGCUAUUUCCCUUCUUGUUUUAGAAUUGUCACAGACAGUACAUCCCCCAUUAACUGCCUCGGGGUAGAGCUCUCUGCCUCACCUGUGGGAUGCCAUUGCUUCAUCUCACUUCUAUACGGAGAUGCCGGGCAAGCAUGUUGACUCACUCUGGAAUAGUCAGUCCAGAGACUGUGACUCCAACAAACCGGUACUAGCUAACAUCCGGCAUUCUAAUCCAGCGGUUCUCAACCUCUAGGGAUCUAAUGACCCUUUCACAGGGGUUUCCUAAGACCAUCGGAAAACACAGAUGCUUACAGUUUGUAACAGUAACAGAAUUGCAAUUAUGAAGUAGCAAUGAAAAUGAAUUUAUGGUUGAGGGGUCACCACAGCAUGAGGAGCUGUGUUAAAGAUUGCAGCAUCAGGAAGGUUGAGAACCGCUGUCCUCAUCUAUCUUGACCCUCACUCUGCCUUUCUUGGAGUCAGAAAGACUAGGGAGAUCAAUCUCACUUCCAGCACUGUCCAUGCUGCUUCCACACUGUUCCCUGUAACCCAGUCCAUCUCAAGGCUUACCUCAUGAACAAACCACAGCACCCACAACCUCCUUCCCCUCAGUGACAUCCCCCAAGUGUCCACCAUAAAGAUGAUGAGGCAAGCACACCUGUCCCUCUUUUUAGCUUGUUCCCACCCCUAACUCCUUCCCUCAGGAGUCAAGCUUCUAGAUAUACUUUCCUCAUGUAUGUAACUGUUGUCUGUUUUCUGCAUCAUUACUCUCUGGAAACUGCUUGGCCUGUCAGUUAUGAGUCAUUGAAGGGUUCAUCAAACCCAUGGUGGACACUGCUGCUGGAUCCUUGCAGUCAAGUGUGUUACCUAUAUUGGAGGAGGUUUCUAGCGAAAAGGUCAGAGGUCACCCACAGAGUGGCCCAGUGAGGCUCCCCAGACUGUUGGGUUGGUCCUCUGCCCCCAAUUGCACAUGGUGCUGCAAUUGUGUGAGCUAAGAUCCAUAACCUCUUCUUGUUACAAAUCUUCUAGAUUCCUUAAGAAUCAGGCCACCCUUCAACCCCCUCAAAAUUCACACAUUAUGACCUAAAGCUCUAAGGCCUAAAAUGAUGAUUCUCAUUGGCUGGGCUUGUUUCUAACUCUCUGAGUCUGGAGGGAGACUCCACUUUGGUAACAAACUUUUUGGCAAAUCUGUGUUAAUUACCUGAUGGGUCCAGGUUUCACAGGUGAGCUGCCCUUACCAAGCAACUUGUUUUUACUCUAAAAUACUCAAAUAAGUCUGUCUUUUAGGUAAAGGAUGGAGCUGACCUCUACAAGAAGCUUUCAAACUGAGGUGACACCAGAAAAGUUACCAUUGUGUCUUACUGUCACCCACCUGCCAUGCUUUACACUCUUUAACUGCUUCUUGGUUUUAACCCCCCUCCCACACCACCGCAUUCUAUUCAGCAUCCCUUUCUUUUUCACUCACUAUCAUGCCCCUAAGCUAUCCCAUUCAUGCCCAUGGGAAUUAGAUGUGGAGUUAGGAAUGGAGAGUCUUUGAAGCCUUGAAAGUGAGAUGAGGACCUUCGGAGGGGAAGAGGACUGGACCCCAAUAGGAAGAGAUCCACUGGCAGAGGGGAAGACUGGUGCAGACAAGGAAAAAAGCAAAAUGGAGGGUGCGAGGUCCCUCUUGAAUUGUUGAACCAUGUACCAGACUCUGGCCCUUGUUUGGUGAAGGUCAGUGCCUAGUGGGAGUGCACCCUCCUCCUCCAUAGUUCACUCUCCACAGCACAGCACACAGUCCUGUCCCAAGGAAGCUGUACACAUUUCCCUCUUACUGCCCAAUUGCAUGCAGCCUAGAAACAGACACUGACAACUUCAACGCUAACCUCUUGAUGUCAAGUUUGCUUUCACCAUAUCUUUUCUCCAAUACUCACCCUUUUCAGUAGUCCAAUUUAGUAUUCAAAGUCUUUAUCAACUACCCUAGCAACUUGGUCUCUACUGCAUUUCAUUCUUGCAUUUUUAAAAGCACUUAUUUCCCUGUAAUACAUUUGUGUCUGCCUAAGAUUGUAAAUCUUUUAGGGCAAGAACCCUUAUUUGCUGUUUCCUAAAACUGGGCAUUAACGAUUGAAGAUUGAAUUAAAUAAAUUAAUACCUAAGUACUGUA